AGCCUGUCGAAUUCAGCUGAAGCUUCUGAAUCCCCUGGUGACUUUUGACUCCCAAAGCGAGGAGGACCGGUCGUUGGGGCCUUUCGUGGAUUGUAGACUAGAAGAUCCUCUAUAAGCUACUUGCCCGCUUUUCUGUCCUUGGCACUGGACAAUACAGAUCAGAGCCUUGUAGGGAGGGGGUGAUUCGGAAGCCUGCCUCUGUUUUCUUGAUUUCCUCCAGCAGACGUCAAAGCAAACAUGGGCUGUUUCUGUGCAGUCCAGGAAGAAUUUUAUUGCGAAGUUUUACUCUUGGAUGAGUCAAAGUUAAUUCUCACUACCCAACAGCAAGGGAUCAAGAAGUCAACGAAAGGAUCUGUUAUCCUUGACUACAUAUUCCAUCACAUAAACCUAGUGGAGAUAGAUUAUUUUGGACUGCGUUAUUGUGACAGAAAUCAUCAGACGUACUGGCUGGAUCCUGCAAAAACCCUUGCAGAGCACAAAGAACUGAUAAACACUGGUCCUCCAUAUACAUUUUAUUUUGGCAUCAAAUUUUAUGCUGAAGAUCCCUGUGAAUUGAAAGAAGAAAUAACCAGGUAUCAAUUUUUUUUGCAGGUAAAGCAAGAUGUAUUACAAGGGCGUCUGCCCUGUCCAAUCAACAUUGCUGCUCAGCUGGGAGCAUACGCUCUCCAAUCUGAACUUGGAGAUUAUGACCCAUAUAAGCACACUCCAGGAUACGUGUCUGAGUACCGAUUUGUUCCAGAUCAAAAGGAAGAACUUGAAGAUGCCAUAGAACGAACACACAAAACUCUAAUGGGUCUAGUACCUUCUGAAGCAGAAAUCAAAUACUUGGGAAUUGCCAAAUCCCUGGAAAUGUAUGGAGUUGACCUCCAUCCUGUCUAUGGAGAAGGCAAGUCUGAAUAUUUCUUAGGUUUAACUCCUGUGGGUGUGGUUGUCUACAAGAAUAAGAAACUAGUAGGGAAAUAUUUCUGGCCGCGAAUUACAAAAGUCCACUUUAAAGAGACACAGUUUGAACUCAGAGUGCUGGGCAAAGAUUGCAAUGAAACUUCAUUCUUUUUUGAAGCCCCAAGUAAAAGCACUUGCAAACAUCUCUGGAAAGGCUGUGUUGAACAUCACACGUUCUUUAGAAUACCAGAGAAUGAAUCAAAUUCUUUGUCAAGAAAACUCAGCAAGUUUGGUUCCAUGAGUUAUAAACACCGAUACAGGACAGCUUUACAAAUGAGCCGAGAUCUUUCUGUUCCUCUUCCCCGGCCAAAUCAGAAGGUGGAAAGAAGUCGAAGCAAGACUUACCCUAAGAGAAUAGCACAGAUACAACCAGCAGGAUCAAACAAUAUAAACCAGAGUGUAGUAAAUAUGGAAAAUGGAGUGAAUGAAGGAACCACCAAAAUUAUUGCACCCUUGCCAGUUAAAAGCUUUAAGAAGUCAAAAUUUGAAAAUAGCCCUGAAACCCAAAGAAGCAAAACAAAUGCACCAUGGGAAGAAAAUGGACCUCAGGGAGGACUCUACAAUUGUUCCAAUGACCGUAAUAAAUCACCAAAGUUUCCUUAUUCACGGAGACGAAACCCAUCUGGUAGUAGUGACCAUGAGCCUGGACAGCCAAUUAGGAGAAGGAAAGCACGUAACAGUGGGGAAGACUCAGAUCUAAAGCAAAGGAGAAGAUCCCGGUCCCGAUGUAACACAAGUAGCGGUAGUGAAUCUGAAAAUUCUAAUAGAGAACAUCAAAAAAAGAGAAACAGGUUAAGGCAGGAGAAUGGCAUGGUUGAUUCAGUGCCUCAGUGGGAAGCGGCACUGAGACAGCAAAAGGAAAAAAAUGAAGCCAGCUCCAACAACAGGCGAUCCAGACACAGAUCACGCUCGAGAAGCCCAGAUAUCCAAGCAAAGGAAGAACUGUGGAAACAUAUUCAGAAAGAACUUGUGGAUCCUUCUGGAUUGUCAGAAGAACAAUUAAAAGAGAUUCCUUACACCAAAGUAGAAACUCAAGGUGACCCAGUUCGCAUUAGACAUUCUCACUCACCUCGAAGUUACCGCCAGUACCGCAGAUCCCAGUGUUCAGAUGGAGAGAGAUCAGUUCUGUCUGAAGUGAAUGCAAAGACUGAUCUUGUGCCCCCACUUCCUGUGACUCGGUCUUCGGAUUCACAAUGUUUCACUGGUUCUACUUCCUAUCAGAUUAGAAUUGGGUCCAAAGACAGUCUGAUACAAGAAAAACCUCAGGUAUCUACAAGCAACGUGGAUGGAAAACACAGCACAAAGAUAAUAAAGACCAUACAAACAUCCCACUUCAAAAUAGACACUUGAUCUGUGACAAAGAAUUAGUAUUAUUUAAUCUGUAAAUUAUGCCAUUACCUUAAAUCCAGUGCUGCUUUAUCACAUCUUUAAAUGUAAACAUACCAUCUAUCAAUAACCAAGGCCAGAGGGCCUCCUCUGCUGCAUUCUCUAAGGUUUUCUACCAACCUAAAACCGUUUCUAAGAAGUGAGUUUUCUUGAGGUCAAUCAACUGUCUUGUCUUUUUUCAAUUCAUAUUUAGACAAUUAAGAAUGAGCUCUCAAAAUCAGAUACCGUUUUAAAUAUUCACUUAAUCUUCACAGGCUAUACUUAAAACAUUUUUAAGUUAUCUAAAAUGUGAGCUUGUGCCUAUUCUUUCAAAGUCCAGAAGCCACAUUGGCUAUAUUGUCCACGUUGGUGGACUUGUUAUGACUUUUGGGCAUGUAAACCAGAGAUUCUUUGUCAGUAAUAGCUAUUUUAAGUCUCUAAGAAUAAGAACUGGACCUCUUCUUGCAGAGUAGCACCAUAAAUACAAUGGGGAAAGAAGAAUAGACAGGAGACCAGAUAUUUAUCAGGCAAUCAGAACAUCUAGGUAUCUUAAUAUCUUUAUCUGGUGAGUGAAUGACCUCAAUUGGGGGGGAGGAAGGAAGGUUUCUGAGGAAAAGUACCUUAUAAUAUCAAGACAAAGGAACAAAAUCUUUUGAAGAGACCUAAAGUCAAGCUUUAUUUUACAUAUUUUUAAAAAUAUAUAAUCAUAUUAGAUAAAGAAUAAAAUUACUACAGAUGCCAACUGUGCCCUUGGAGAGCUCAAUAAUUCAAAACCACCACUUAUCCAAAUCCAAAGCUUUUCUUCAAUGAAAAUCUUCAGAUUACUCGUGGCAUUUAACAGGAACCUGAGAUAUGAUAAGGAUCACAGCCUCUAAAGAGAAAGAAAGAAAAACUAUUUUAAUCAAGUUACGUUAUUUGAGAUUAGAGACAGUUGCAACCUAUGAGUUGUUAGAAAAUUUAACUGAAAUCUAAACCAGAAUUUGAAUCCUGGUCCUCCUGAAAAAGCUUGUUCUCUGCAUGAUGGCUAUAAGAAUUCAACCCACAAUUUUUUUUUUAAUCCCAAAUAGGGGGUGUGAGAUUUGGACAUAAAUACUAUGUUAUUUAUUCAUCAAAUAACAUAGUUAUUAAGUCAUUUAAAACACAGCAACUAUUUAUAGCUAAUAUAUUUUGUUUUAGUUUGGCUAAAAUUUAUGUGGAAAAUUGAAAUGGGAGGGAAAAGAAAAAGUGGGCAGUUGCAGGCCUAUGUAUGAACAAUGAAGGAAAAAAAUGCUAAAAGAAAAGGGGAGAACCUCAGAUAGUCAUAGCAGUAGGAAUGGAAAAGCACUAAUGGCAAGAAACAUCUAAAAAUGGAGAUUUAGUCAGAUACAAAUAGGACUAGCGAAGGGACAAGAAGGUAGGUUACAAUUUAAGAGAUAAAUUGCUUGCAAAAUAAGAAAUGAGUAAAAGGCAUGGCAGGAUAUGAAAAUAUCUACAAUAUGCUGUCAGAGGCACAGACUCUUUGCAAAGCACUGGAAAAUGGUCAGAGGAGCAAUUGACAAAGCUAUAGCUAUCAAAAAAAUGAAAAAACCAUACCUUAUUCACCAUGGGAAUCCACAAAAAUGUUGACAACAGCAGCUUAUUCUGGUUUUUGUGUCCUUGUCCAUUUCACCUGAACAGAAUCAGGGAAAGAAAGGAAUAAACCAAGUGGCUCUAAGAGGAUAUUCCUUAAGCCCCUAUACUCCAAAAGUGACUUGUUACUUAUACAGCACACUCAUCAAUGGAACAAUUCCAAGGAAAGAGAAAAGGCUGCAAAGUAUUUUAUUUCUGCCUUUUUUGACACCACAUCCACUAGUGUCCAAAGUGAACGGGCAACACAAAAGGCAAAUACCCUACAUUCUGUCUACCAAACCUGGACAGCUACGUUCUUCCCACAAGACAAAAAUUGGAACUAUUUAACUUAGAACGCUUUUUCCUUCCUCAGGAAACUCUUGUACUAAUAUAGUGACAAAACAUCCUAAAAAAAAAUCUAAUAAGACAAACGUGGAAUGAUUUUAAAUAGUUUUAAUUAAAUCUACUUUUUGGGAGAGCCACAAGAUCUUAAAACAUUACCGCUUACUCAUGGACUUAAAACACUUGGACACAUUCUGGAUUCCAAGAAGCCACGGAAUGUACUACUGGAUUCAUCUUCUUGCCAAUUUCGAGCCUAAGAAAGGACAUUUAAAAAGUCAACUCUCGUUCUGUGAAAACAUUUGGAAUUGUGCCUUUCCUUCUCCACCACCUAAUCACUGUGUCCCGUGUUCAAUUUUUUCUAGUCUCAGGGGUUUUUGCUAGAACUUUCAUAAUCAUACGUCCAUGGUGCAUUUACAAUUCCGAAAACUGUAAACUUUACAAUUCAAGGCUUAAUUUAGUUUGUUGGUAGUCUAGUCCUAAGUAAAUCUAAUUAAAUGUGGAAGUGUUUUUAGCGGUUAUUUCCCGCACGGGAAGUCGGCGGUUAAGUACAGCAUGCCCCAUUCGAAAGGUCCUUUAGGGCCGAGCGAGUUUUCUGUAUCCCCGGCGCAGUAAUUGGCACAUAGAAAGUGCUUUAAUAAACGUUUGAGUAACGACCCA